CGUUCCCGCUUUUAAGGCUCCACCGAACCUUCUUUCUAACUCCACGAUAACAAUAGAUGAAAAAUAAGACUCUUAUACGUGCAAAUACAUUGUAUAAUCCAUUCAGGCCAUUCCAAGUAUCCAGAAAACCUCUCAAGAUUCAUCAGAAACCAGCUCUAAAUCCCAUUCUCUCCCUUAAAACCAGUUUCUUUUCGCAUUUUUCGAUACAUAUAUACAAGCACACAGACGUAAUGGUGGGGGAGUCAAGAAAAUGGAUGAUAUUGGUGGCAGGUAUCUGGAUACAAGCAUUUACAGGGACAAAUUUUGAUUUUUCGUCAUACUCGACUAGUUUGAAAUCAGUUAUGGGCAUAUCCCAGGUGCAAUUGAACUAUUUGUCCGUGGCUUCGGACAUGGGGAAGGCAUUUGGAUGGUGUUCAGGGAUCUCUCUUUUGUAUUUCCCAUUGUGGCUUGUUAUGUUAAUUGCUGCCUUCAUGGGACUCAUUGGUUAUGGUCUGCAAUGGCUGGUCAUUCAAAAAAUCAUCGAUUUGCCUUAUUUUCUGGUAUUUCUAUUGUGUUUGCUAGCUGGUUGUAGCAUUUGCUGGUUUAAUACGGUGUGUUACGUUUUGUGCAUAAAAAACUUUCCAGCUAACAGGCCACUUGCCUUGUCUCUCAGUCUCAGUUUCAGUGGUCUUAGUGCAGCUCUAUAUAACCUCAUUGUGAAUUCUAUAAACUCCAAUGAUGACACACUGUAUCUUCUUCUGAAUGCCAUUGUUCCCCUUAUCACAUCACUUAUCGCUCUUCUUCCAAUUGCCCGGCAACAUAUUCCUGAUGCUCUUCCACCUGAAGCUGUCCGUUCUGAGACUGCUAUUUUUCUCUAUCUAACUGCGCUUGCAGUUGUCACGGGCUUUUAUCUUCUACUCAUAAAUUCCGUUUCACUGAACGUAUCAAUUGCUCGUAUUCUCUUAGGCGGGGCAAUGCUUUUCUUAGUCCUUCCGUUGAUUACACCUGGCAUUCUCUGUGCUCGGGAAUGGGCCAGUCGAGCCAUCCAUUCUAGCUUCAAUAUGAUUAAUAAUGACGAUCUUGAUGUGCAUACAGAGCUAAUGGAAAUGGAGACUCCAUCCACCGAUGACAACUUGUUUAGUAUCUCAUAUAAUUUAAAACAGAAAGAAGGAAGCUGCAACAAUGUGUUAUUCAAAGACAAAUUGAUGGUGCUUGGAGAGGAACACUCAGUUAGGUUCCUCAUUCACCGAUGGGAUUUCUGGCUUUAUUACUUAGCAUAUUUCUGUGGGGGAACAAUUGGGCUGGUUUACAGUAACAAUCUAGGCCAAAUUUCAGAAUCACUAGGAUAUAAUACAGAAGUUAGCACACUGGUUUCUCUCUACUCUGGUUGUUCAUUCUUCGGUCGCUUACUUUCUACUACUCCAGACUUCCUACACAAAAAGGUUUGCUAUGCAAGAACCGGAUGGCUUGCCUUAGCCCUUAUUCCAACAACAAUUGCAUUCUUUCUGCUAUCUUUAUCAGGAAGCAAGAUAGCACUAAUUAUUGCCACAGCCUUGAUUGGACUAAGUUCGGGUUUCGUUUUUUCAGUCGCAGUGUCAAUCACAUCAGAGCUGUUUGGCCAUAACAGUGUCGGAGUUAAUCACAAUAUUCUAAUAACAAACAUCCCUCUAGGAUCUAUACUCUAUGGUCUUCUUGCGGCUCUUGUGUACGAAGGAAAUAUAGGAAACUCACAGGAAGCUGUUCUGAAGGAUGGGAGGAUGGUAUGCAUGGGAAGGAAUUGUUACUUUGAGACAUUUGUAUGGUGGGGGUUCAUCUCUUUGUUCGGUUUAGCUUCUAGUUCACUUCUUUUCCUUAGAACUAAAGCAGGAUACGAGCGCUCCACAAAAUGUAAACAAAAAACUAGUUUUGAAUUGUUAACAUAUGAAUGAAGUCGGAUUUGUAAGAUAGAGAAAAGGCAGGUGAGAAGAGAAGAUGAUAGGCCUGAUUUAGGGAAUGAUUCUCAUUGUAUAGCCUAUUCUCGAACUGUGAUUUAUAAGCGAUAUGAUAUAGGGAAAACAUGUAGAGCUAUUAUAAGCAGAGAACUUUGUACGAAUUUAUGGAGUGUAACAUAUCCUUUUCAGAUAAAAGACAGCAUAUAGCUUUCGAAA